AAAUAUUUGAUUUCACAGAUAGACAAUUCAGCUACUUCCUAGUUCGUCUUUUCUUCUUGUUUCCCAGCUAGCAAACCAAGACCUUCCGUCGUCUGCCCAACGGCGUCGGUUUCAGUCCAAGUACACAAAAAUGGGGAGACAGAAGGGUGAGGCAGCCAGGAGCAAGGCACGCCCUUCAAGCAGCAGUCUUGCGGCUUCUCUAUUGCCAUCGAGUUCGGCUGCCGCUGCGGUGGGAUUUGGCGGCUACGUCGGUAGCUCCCGGCUUGAUUCCACUCUCUCCACCGAAGAUUCCAAUCCUCUUUUGGAUAUAGAUAGUGAAGUGGCACAACACUUAAAAAGGCUGGCAAGAAAGGAUCCUACUACCAAGCUUAAAGCUCUGGCAUCUCUGUCUGCUUUGCUCAAGCAGAAGUCUGGAAAGGAAAUAGUUCCGAUCAUUCCACAAUGGGCAUUUGAAUACAAGAAGCUACUGCUGGACUAUAAUCGAGAGGUUCGGCGAGCUACUCAUGAAACAAUGACUAAUCUUGUCACUUCUGUUGGAAGAGAUUUGGCGCCGUAUUUGAAGUCCUUGAUGGGACCAUGGUGGUUCUCUCAAUUUGAUCCAAGUUCUGAAGUUUCCCAAGCUGCUAAGCGUUCAUUGCAGGCUGCCUUCCCUGCUCAGGAAAAGAGAUUAGAUGCUUUAAUCUUGUACACAAAUGACGUUUUCAUGUAUUUGGAAGAAAAUUUGAAGCUUACUCCACAAAAUUUGUCAGAUAAAGCCGUUGCUUUGGAUGAGUUGCAAGAGAUGCACCAGCAGGUGAUAUCUUCUUCAUUGCUGGCUUUGGCCACACUUCUUGAUGUUUUGGUCUCUGUGCAAAUAGAAAGACCUGGUUUUGAAAGUAUAUCUGCCGAACCAAAACAUGCUUCUAAGGCUAAGGCGACUGCAAUUUCUUUUGCAGAAAAACUCUUUUCUGCUCAUAAAUAUUUUCUUGAGUUUUUGAAGUCUGAAAGCCCUGCUGUUCGUUCAGCUACAUACACAGUCUUAAGAAGUUACAUAAAAAACAUUCCACAGGCUUUUGAUCAAGGAAAUAUGAAAACUAUUGCUACAGCUGUUCUUGGUGCUUUCCAGGAAAAAGAUCCUGCUUGUCAUUCUUCAAUGUGGGAUGCAAUAUUGCUAUUUUCAAAGAGAUUUCCUGACAUUUGGACUACAUUGAAUGUUCAGAAAUAUGUAUUUAAACGGCUCUGGUCUUUUAUUAGGAAUGGAUGCUUUGGAUCUCAGCAAGUUUCUUAUCCAGCACUGGUUCUGUUCUUAGAUACUAUUCCUUCUAAAGUAUUUUCUGGAGACAAAAUUUUCCUUGAUUUUUUCCUUAACCUAUGGGCUGGAAGGAAUCCAGUUCAUUCUCUGAAUGCAGAUCGACUAGCAUUUUUCAGGGCAUUUAGAGAGAGUUUUUUUUGGGGAUUACGUAAUGCUUCUAGAUUUUGUGAUAUUGUUGAUUCCAUCUCUCAUUUUCGGAUCACCCUUAUUAAUGAUAUCCUUGUGAAGCUUCUGUGGCAAGACUACCUGUCAUCUGUGAGCUCGAAAGACCAGGAUAGUGAUAAGCCUCUCCAUGGGAAGACAACAGAAAUGCAGAACAUCAAGUAUUCAAUAAGUUAUCUUCAGGAGUUGGGAAAGUGCAUUGUUGAAAUUCUUUCUGGCAUUUAUUCGCUGGAAGAGGACCUUCUCUCUUUCUUUUGUGUGGCGUUUCAGGAAGCUUGUGAGAGAUUGCUUCAGAAAAAAGUGACCACAGAACAGCCAACAUUGAAUAUAGAGCCAAUUAUGUCAUUUCUUUUCUUAGUGGAUAUACAUGCAAAGCAAAAGGGUGAAUCUUGGCCUUUGCUGCAUUUAGUCGGACCGAUGUUGGCCAAGUGUUUCUCGUUGGUCAGAUCGCUUGAUUCGGUAGAUGGUGUGAGGCUUUUGUCUACUUCAGUUUCAAUAUUUGGAGCACGAAAGGUACUCCAAGUGAUUUUUUCCAGCAGCAAUGCACCUUUCUGUGGUCCUUCCUGCGACAAGGGUGGUGAAAUGAUGCUGGAGUAUUUUCUUCAAAUUUACAAGGAAACAUUUGUUCCUUGGUGUUUGCAUGGGCAUAAUAGUAAUACCAGUGUUCGACUAGAUCUGUUGCUUGCAUUGCUUGAUGAUGAAUGUUUCUAUGAGCAGUGGCACGCUAUUAUCACGUAUGCUAUUGACUUGGUAAAUUUUAAGGGCUCAGGUUCCAUGGACUCAAAUCACUUAGCUGUGUUGGCAAUGCUUUUUGAGAAGGCGAGAAAUGAGAUUAGGAUAAGGAAAGUGGGAGACAGUUCUUUUCAUCGGCCAGGUUCCGUCCCAGAUCAUUGGCAUCACGAGCUUCUUGAAGCAACUGCUGUUUCUGUUGCCUCUUCCGUUCCUCCUUUUAGAACUUCUGAUGCGCAGUUUCUGUGUUCUGUUCUUGGGGAUGCAACUGAAGGCAAUCUAGAUUCAUUUGUCUCCAGGAAGUCAAUGGUCCUGCUAUUCAAGGAGGUUUUAAGAAAGCUAAAUUCUUUUAUUAUGGAUUCAUCUUUCAGUUCUGUUAAGCAGGCUGGUGCUUUGCUUGAUCCUGAAGAGAAUUGCCUUGGGUUAGCUAGUAAGAAUCCUGCAAAUGUGGUUGAUAUGGCUUGUUUUGCUCUUGGAAUAGUUGAGGGUAGUAUCUUUUGCUUAAGGGCACUUGAUGAGGAAAUUGGCUUGGUUUCAAGUAUUUCAGCUGCUGUGUUUAUUAUUGACUGGGAGUAUAGGAUGACUGUAGCAAGAGAGGAUGCUCUAGACGAUGAAUCGAGGAAAAUGAUUGAGGCACGAAUGGGCAUUUGUGAAUCAGCACAUGGUUAUCUAACCAAGAUAAGCAAUUUGUGGAAAAGCUUCUGCAAAGAUGUGAGACAAGGAAUAAGGACUAUCUUGAUUUGCACUAUUAGAUUUUCCGUUUUCAGGGAAGAUGAACUAGACAAUAAUAAAUUUGCGUCUUUGUGCUGCGCGAUGAUCAUAGAUGUGAUUGAGCGUCUUUGUCAGGAUCAGUAUGAGGAACAGAAUCUUUUGGAUCAUCUUCUAAGCAAAGGUGAUAUGUGGCCUAGGGGGAUCACACCCUACUUGAAUUCCAUGGAUGGACUGGCUAAAUCAGAUGAUGAAAGAAUAUAUGGGACUGCAUAUGGAAACUACAAGUUCAUUUCUUUAAUUGAUAAACUUAUUUAUAAACUUGGGUUUCAUAAAGUCAUUGCUUGUGAUGAUGGCUUGGACACUUUACCAUUAUCAACCAAUGCUUCAGCAAAUACUGAGGUUACUUCUCGAGCUUGGGUUGCUGCUGCAAUACUAUGCACAUGGAAAUGGCCAGAGGGAAGUGCUGCAACCUCUUUCUUACCUGAACUUGUCUCAUUUGCCAAGAGUAGAAAUUAUUCUCCCUAUGGGAGCAUCUUGGAUUCCAUUUUCAACAUUUUAUUUGAUGGUGCUCUCAUUCAUGGUGAAAACUGUUCACAGAGUUCACUUCAGGCAUGGCCUACUUUAGGUGAAGGUAUGGAGGAUAUUGAAGAGCCCUCUCUAAGAGCUCUUGUAUCUUUCCUUUUCACCUUGUUAAAAGAAAAUAUUUGGGGUCCAGAAAAGGCCAUGGUUCUGUUUCAGCUUCUUGUAGAUAAACUCUUUUUAGGUGAAACAGUUAACUCAAAUUGUUUGAGGAUACUUCCUUCUAUUUUAUGCGUUCUUGUACCAACCUUAUGUCAAAGAAGUAUCAGGUCCAGUGAAUGUACUAAUAAGGACGGUGAACCUGAUCCACUUUAUGAAAAUCAGACACAGGACACUGUCAAAAGCUGGAUCCAGAGGAUUCUACAAUUCCCACCUUUGGUCACAUGGCAAACAGGACAAGAUAUGGAAGAAUGGUUCCACUUGGUCUUAUCAUGUUAUCCUGUAAGGGCUGUUGGAGGUGCUGAAACAAUGAAACUGGAUAGAAACAUCGAUCAUGAAGAGAGGGAGCUCUUACUGAAUUUAUAUCGGAAGCAGAGGCAUGAAAGUGGUAGAUCAAUUGAUGCUAAUCAGUUGCCAGUGGUACAAAUGUUGCUGUCAAAGCUAAUGGUUAUUUCUCUUGGUUAUUUCUGGAGAGAAUUUGAUGAAGAAGAUUGGGAGUUUCUAUUUUCGCACCUAAGAGGCUGGAUUGAAUCAGCAGUUUUGAUGAUGGAGGAAGUCGCUGAAAAUGUGAAUGAUGCAGUAACUGAACACUCUUCUGAUAACUUUGAUCUUAUUCAUAAAAAACUUGAAGAAAGUGUUUUAAUUUCUGACCAUUCUCUUAUAAAUAUCAGUAAAAACUCACUCAUCUCAUUUUCUUUCCUUGAUGGCCUUUUGGAACUCCAAGCAACAGAAGACACGGAUAAUUUAAACCCCUUGAGAACAGAAAGAUGGGAUCCUAUUAAAAACCAGAUUCUGGAAAGCAUUCUCCGCUUGUUCUUUUCCACUGGUAUUGCCGAGGCAAUUGCUGGUUCUUGUUUAUUUGAGGCUGCAUCUAUUAUAUCAGGUUCUCGAUUUUAUCAUCGGUCUUUCUGGGAAUCAGUUGCUUCAGGUGUCCUGAAAUCUCCUUCACAUGCUAGAGAUGAAGCAGUCAAAUCAAUCGAACUCUGGGGACUAGGCAAAGGGCCUAUUUGUGCUUUGUUUGCCAUCCUCUUUACUUCCAGACCAAUACCGCCUAUGCAGCUUGCUUCCUAUACUGUUUUGUCAACAGAACCUAUUUCUAAGUUGGCCGUCUUUGGUGAAGGAAUUGCACCUUACUCGGAUGUUGAUUCAAAUGCCCAGGAGUCAAUUCAUCUCGAUCUUUCACCAGAAGAGAAUGUCCAUUUGACGAAAGAAUUAUCUUACAUAAUUGAGAAAUCACCUUAUGAUGUUCUUGAUAUGGAUUCAAUGGCAGAGCAACGGGUACAUCUAUUCCUUGCUUGGGCUUUGUUGUUAUCCCAUUUGUCAUCAUUGCCUUCAUUAUCAUCUCCAAGGGAGAGACUGGUACAGUAUAUUCAAAAUUCUGCUAAUCCAUUGAUACUAGAUUGCCUUUUCCAGCAUCUACUUUCCGACUUAUCUGUAGUGCAUUUUCAAAAGAAGAAAGAUGGGGAGCUUCCUAGCAUUCUUUCAGAAGCUGCAACUGCAGCCAGACACUCCAUCACGACAGGGUCAUUAUUGUUUUCGGUGGAAUCACUUUGGCCUAUUGAACCUCUGAAAAUGGCUUCAUUUGCUGGAGCAAUAUACGGCCUUAUGCUCCGUCUGCUUCCUGCUUAUGUGUGGGGAUGGUUUAGUGAUUUACGGGACCGUUCUGCUUCAUCAAUGAUUGAAUAUUUUACUAGAACAUGGUGCAGUCCUCCUCUGGUUGCAAAUGAACUAUCCCUGAUAAAGACAUCAAAUUUUGCCGAUGAGAACUUCUCAGUAACUGUAAGCAAAUCAGCAAAUGAGGUUGUUGCUACCUAUACAAAAGAUGAGACAGGAAUGGAUCUAAUUAUUCGUCUUCCUUCAUCUUACCCAUUACGGCCUGUAGAUGUUGACUGUAUGAGGAGCCUAGGGAUAAGUGAGGUGAAGCAGAGGAAGUGGUUAAUGUCCAUGAUGAUGUUUGUUCGCAAUCAGAAUGGAGCUUUAGCUGAAGCCAUACGAGUAUGGAAGCGUAAUUUUGACAAGGAAUUUGAAGGUGUUGAAGAAUGCCCUAUAUGUUACAGUGUUAUCCACACUGUGAACCACAGCCUCCCUCGUCUUGCUUGCAAGACCUGCAAGCACAAAUUCCAUGCAGCGUGCCUCUACAAGUGGUUCUCAACUUCUCACAAAUCUUCAUGCCCCUUAUGCCAGUCUCCAUUCUAACCUUCAAAAUUAGUUAUGGUUUUUUUUGGCACUGUUGCGUCCCUGCAAUGUUCAUUACCAAAGAAGUGAAAAUACUGACAGCAUAGGGUCUUAGUUCAUGUGAUAUUGUGAGCAAAGACGAAUACAGCAGAUGUUGGUUCAGACUGGGGGCUGAGAGGGGUUUUACAUGUAACGAUGGGUUUCGUACGUUUACUGAAUCAAGCUGGCUGCUUCUGUCAACAAGGGUUUUGCUGAUUUUCAGCCAACAUACAACUUAGAAGACCCGAGUUUAUCAUAUAUGAUAUACAAUAUGUAUUAAAUGUACGAGUAUUUAUUGUGGUAUGAGUAUUUAUUGCGUACU